CAGACCUUGCUUCUAAACUUCUAAAUUUCUAUGGUUUGUUGGAAUCCAGACCACACCUUCCCAAAAACCUUCUCUGAUCUCCUCACCCCGUCUCUGCAUAACAUAGCUUGAAAGGGUGUGGGAGGAUGCUCAGCUUGUGCAGGGAGAAGAAGGGACAUCCUCAUGACCUCCUGCUUGCCUCUCUGCUUGACCCACCUUCUCAGGACUAUUCAGCAGGUCCCAGGGGCCAGUUCCGCAUCCCCUGCUGCCCAGUGCACCUCAAACGCCUUCUCAUCGUGGUUGUGGUGGUGGUCCUUGUCGUCGUGGUCAUCGUGGGGGCCCUGCUCAUGGGUCUUCAUAUGAGCCAGAAACAUACUGAGAUGGUCCUUGAGAUGAGCAUUGGGGCACCAGAAACCCAGAAACGCCUACCCCUGGGUGAGCACAUGGAUACUACAGCCACCUUUACCAUCGGCUCCACAGGCAUCGUUGUAUAUGACUACCAGCGGCUCCUAACUGCCUAUAAGCCAGCCCCAGGAACCUACUGCUACAUCAUGAAGAUGGCUCCAGAGAGCAUCCCCAGUCUUGAUGUUCUCACUAGGAAAUUCCAGAACUUCCAGGCUAAGUCACCACCACCUGCUUCCAAGCUGAGCCAGGAGGAAGGGCAUGAUGCAGGCUCUGAGUCCUCCGGAGGAGACCUGGCUUUCCUGGGUCUUGCUGUGAGCACCUUGUGUGGAGAGCUGCCGCUGUACUACAUCUAGGGCUUUUCAGGGUCCGAUGAAGCAACAUUGGGCAGGAAGGACCAGCAGCAAAGCGUCUUUGUAGACAGGCAGGAAGCUACCCCUGCCCAGCCGGGCACUGGAGCUGGCACUGGAGCUGUGGGAGAGUGUGGGAGCCAGUAGAGGAGAGGAGUCUCGCAUGAGCCAGGGGGUUCCUACCACAAAAGAAUAAA